GUUAUUUUUUUCUUUUUGUUUUUUGAAAAAAAAAAAACCAGCGUGUCUUUGUCGCUUGUGCCUUUUUUUUUUUCAAACUUGUUCCGUCCUCCACGUCCCCUGUGCUCGUCUCUUACUCGACACUCUCCACCUUUAAGGCUUGCGACUCAACGUUGUUUACGCGCUGGCGCGUUGUUGCAAGAAGAGCUUUUUCUCCCCUUUUGAAAAAAACAACUCUCCGAUCUCUUUUUUUUUUAUUUCUUUUUUUUUUUUUCUACUUUGAACAAGUUUCCCUCUAGAAUGAAGGUUGCUGUUCUCCUCCUCGUCGGCCUGUGCGCGACCUUCGCCAAUGCCGACAUUUACUUGCACAAUGCCCGCGGUGGCAACAACCGUCUCGACGAGGCCAACCGCGACCGCAACAAUGGAAACCGUCUUUUCGACUCGCAAAACAACGACCGUGGUGGCUCGAACGUCGGCUCGCUCUACUACUAUGUCGGCUCCCAGCUCCCCAUCACCUGGACCAACCAACACUCGUGCAACAACCCGAACGCCAAGUGCAACAUGGUCAUCCAGUACACUUGCGACGACCGCAUCCGCGAUGGCACGACCACCAACACCAUCCCCACGACCCCGAACCAGUGCGAGAACAACAACUGCGACACUGACGUCGAGUACGGCCGCCACGAGUCGCUGAACUGGUACAACUACUGCAAGUACCGCCAGCGCAACAAGGGUCUGUUCACUGCCAACCAGAACCUGAACGGCGACUCUGCCCGCUUCACUCGCCAGAACAACGCCGGCACCCGCCGCGGCUACGAGUGCCCCGAGGAGCGCGACUACUACCCUUACUGGUACCCGACCGUCUGGCGUGACAUUGCCGUCCUGACCAACGACGCCACCAUGUGCCCCUACUACACUGCCCAGUCCCAGAACGUCAAGUCGCGCUGGUACUGCGCUGCUCCCCAGGCCUUCAUCAACGACCGUGCUUCCCGCAACCAGGAGGGCUUCAUCCCGAUCACCAAGGCGCAGUGCGAGGCCAUCUACUUUGCCGGUCAGAACGGCACCUGGGUCGAGUCCCCCGCGUGGGGCAUUGCCGCCCCCAUUUGCCGCGAGACCGACUGGACCCGCGACAACCACCUCGGUAACGGCCUGCUCUUUGGCGAGAACGCUGGCUUCAACUGGACCAUCCCCGCUGACCUUGUCCACGACAAGUGCGUCCUCCGCCUCCGCUACAACAUUUCCACCACCGACUAUGACGACUGGACCCACGACGGCAGCGUCGCCGCCGAUUCUGGCGAUUCCACCUACAACACCCAGCCCAACAACAUCCCCGCGCAGGUCGACGUCUGGUCCAAGUUUGGCAUUUCCAAGGCUGAGGUCCAGGUCCAAUUCGACGCUGCCACUGGCAACCGCGAUGGCAACAACAAUGACAACGCCGCCGUUGUCAAGAACUCGCGCGGCUACGUGUUCAAGAACAACCCCCGUGUGGACAUUUUCGGCAGCCUCCUGAACUCCCAGAUUGGCGACACGCGUGUUCGUCUGCAGCUCGCCAUCAACACCAACCAGUUUGGCCGCACCUUCCAGGACCGCACCCACACGUUCCAAAUCCGCGAGCGCCCCGACGAGCUCAAGGACACGACCAUCUACAACGUCAACGUUCGCGGCAAGCGCGGAAACAUUGUCCAGACCUACCCCGGCACCGAGUACGACUUUGUCCCGAACCGCCUGCUGGUCAAGAACGGCGAGUAUGUGCACUUCCAGUGGACUGGCUCCAACACCAACCCCGACAACAACGCCGGCCAAGGCAAGGCGGGUACCGAUCGUCACAACGUUGUUGGCAUCCGCGCGCCCGUCUAUGCCGAGGGUCAGCCCACCUCUGGCCUGAAGGUUUAUGGCCAGCUCGGCAGCUCGUACCCCAACCGCAUUGAUGGCUCGACUCCCUUCCUCGGCUUCAGCCAGCUCGACCGCCAACACCUUGCCAUUCUCGACAACCUCCAGCUUGGUGGUGAAAUGUCCGAGCUCGACGACGCUGGUACCUACUUUGACCUCGGCCCCAAGGCUGUCUCCUCCCUUGGUGUCUACCACUACCUCUGCACCCGCAACAACAACUUCUCCAACCGUGGCCAGAAGGGCACUGUCAUUGUGAGCGACAACAAGGUUGUCACGACUGCUCUCGGCUGGAACGGCGGCUGGGCUGUUGCCGACGACAAGAACCGUCUCUGGGCUGAUGUUGGCACGUUCAACCAACUGUGGCCCGUCACUGUCAACACCAUCCCCGUGGGCUCUCUUGACGCCUUGCCAUUCGAUUCGGUUGCCUCGCACUUUGUUGAGGUCUACCCGCCGGAGCUCGCCACCGCCCCUGGCAAGACCUUCACCCUGCAAAUGGCGUACGAGUCGUCUGCCACCGAGACGUUCGCCGUCUACCGUGCCCCCACCCGCAACGCUGCCAUCUGGACCCAGGUCGACGCCGACAUGUCUGGCGACAUUGCUGCCGUUCAAGGUACCCAAGGCGGCGCCUACGUCGUUGUGAACAAGCCCAACGUUGGCGCCAUUGUUGGUGCCACCGUUGCUUGCGUCGCUGUCCUCGUUAUUGUCGCAACUACUGUGAUCUACUUCAAGAAGAACCCCGCCAAGUGGGAGGCUGCCAAGAAGAAGGCCAUGUACCUCAAGCGCUCGAUGGACUCUAAGGUGUAAACGAGCUUUUGAGUUCUCUUAGCUUGUUUAUUUCAAGAAGUCACAAAAAAAAAACCAGUGUGCCGUUUGUUGUUGAUGUUUUCUUCUGUGUGCGUUGUUGCUUUCUCCUUGUGUUUAUUUUCCCUCUCUCUCCCCCGCUCUUCUUCGAAUCUUGCCGGACAAGCUAUUUGGUCUUGUGCGCGCUUGUCGCAAACUUUGAUCACUUGUUUGCGCUGGUUUGGAAGGAGGGGGGUUUUGGUUUUAUUGUGUUUUUUUGUUCCUGUUCUGUGUCUUGCGGGGGGUUGUCUGGCAUGUUUGGGCAGAGUUGUGUGUUGUCUUUGUGAGGGCGUUUGCCUCGUUUCUUUCGUCCGCUGGUUCGGAUUACAAGGAUGAGACACUCGCCAUCGCAACAGCAACAUGCAGCAACCUUUUACUGUCCAUCUGCUGGAACGCUCUCGUCCAAUGACACGGAACAAGGCUUCACACUCGCAAUGUGCCAUUCCCCCAUCUUUCCCGUGUACUUGCUCUGUUGCUCUGUCAGGCAUGUUCCACGAUUUUACAAUUAUAUUUGAAUUUUUACAAUCGC